CGAGGAGAACUAAUCUCUCAAGCUGCUGCUAUCAUAUGGGAUGAGGCGCCAACGGCAAAUCGUGCCGUGUUGGAAUGUGUCGAAGAAACCUGCCGGCGCGUCAUGCGGAACGAUCAGCCCUUUGGGGGAAAAGUCGUAAUUCUUCUUGGUGAUUUCCGCCAGACAUGUCCAGUGGUUCCCUCUGCCGGUCGGCGAGCUGCUAUU